CUUGUAUCCUUGUCCAACUAUUUCCCCCGCAAUUCCCUAUCUAAUAGUUCACCACCUUUAAAAACCCAAGCAUCGCGAAGCUUACUUGGCGGGACACUUAAGUACUUCUAAGCCCCGUUUUAUCUCCUGGGCAUUCUGUACUACGGGGGCCUACCUACAUGUCCGUGAACCCGAUCAAACAAAUCAAUCAUGUCUGUAGAACGCACCAAUAGUAGCUAUAAAGGCGGCGCUGAAGAGAUUGAGGAGGGCGACGGGGGUGUCCAUAUGCUCAAUUACGACGAUCAUUUGACGCGCAAGAUCCUCUGGAAGCUGGACACACGGAUCCUGCCUAUUCUUGCCGUUCUCUUCCUGUGUUCUUUCCUCGACCGCACGAAUGUCGGAAACGCGCGAUUGUAUAACCUGGAGCAGGAUCUUGGCAUGACGGAUCGCCAAUAUGAUCAGGGACUCGCUGUUUUCUACGCGACCUAUAUCGCAAGCGAGGUCCCAUCGAAUCUAGUUUUAAAGCGCGUGACGCCGUCAAUAUGGCUUCCGCUGUUAGCCUGUGCUUGGGGCAUUGUCGCUAUGUGCCUGGGAUUUAUCCAAAACUUCGCUGGUUUUGUGGCUGUACGCGCUGUACUCGGAAUGACGGAAGGUGGUCUGCUACCUGGAAUGAUUCUAUACCUAUCUGGUAUCUACCGAAGAGAAGAACUGGCCCUGCGCAUUGGCCUGUUUUACACAGCCGCAUCUCUGUCGGGAGCUUUUGGUGGUUUACUUGCUUACGGCAUUGCACAGAUCGGCCAUAGGGGUGGUCUGAGCAGCUGGAGAUGGAUAUUUGUUUUGGAAGGGUUGUUGACAGCUCUCGUUGGCAUCGCCACAUUCUUCCUGCUUCCAAACGGCCUUUCUACAGCUAAAUUCCUCACGCCCGAGGAACGUCAAUUUGCCCUUAAUCGUCUCCGAUCCAGCACCGACCAGAGUAACGCGCGCGAACAUGAGGCCACGGAAAAGUUUUCGUGGUCUGAGGUUGCUCGUGGUGUUUUCAGCUGGCAAACAUGGCUGACCGCGUGUGCCUACUUUGGCAUACUAUCCGGACUGUACUCAUUCGGUUUAUUUUUACCGACUAUUAUCAACGCUCUGGGAGGAUACACGGUUUCCGAAACCCAGCUGUGGUCGGUUAUCCCUUACGCUGUCGCCGCUGUUUGCACAGUCAUUGUCGCUUUCCUAUCGGACCGUCUUCGUAUUCGUGGUAUCAUGAUGCUCUGCACGCUCCCUAUUGCUAUUAUUGGCUACGCUGUCAUCGCCAACGUCACGGACCCGCAUGUCAAAUAUGGAAUGACGUUCCUGAUGGCAACGGGGCUAUACUGUUCCGUCCCGCCUGUGUUAGGCUGGCUCUCUAAUAAUUCAGCGGGCCAUUAUAAGCGAGCAACGACAAGUGCUCUGCAACUAGCUAUUGCCAAUUGCGGAGGGUUUGUGACGGUCUUCAUUUAUCCGAAGUCUCAAGGCCCACAGUACCACAAAGGACAUACAAUUAUUCUUGGACUAUUAGUUGGGGGAUGGUUCUUGAUUCUCUUCAAUGUCUUGUACUGCUGGAAGGUUAACAGGGACAAGGCAAAGGGGAAGUAUGAUCAUCACAUUGGGAAAAACGAUGAUAGGGAACCGUCAUUCCGAUUGGUCCUGUAGCAUUUGGAUCUCGAUAGUGAUGAUUGGAUCGAUCACUGUAUUAAAGAUGAAGAAGUAAAACCCACAGGCAAUACCUGUGAAUGAAAGUCAUUCUGAAACCAAGUUUAUGGGAACGUUGCGUGUUGCCGCCGUUAGAAAGCUUAAGUUAGCGUGUCUAAUAGCCCAUGCCACUGCGCAA